ACACUAUUCAGGAUCAACCAUUGGACUAUCUAUUUGCACUGACUAGCUGUUUUCGCCAUUCCCUUCUACAUGGCCACCUUCGCCCGCAGCGCACCUCUCCCGGAGAACAACACACUUAAGGAUCCGGCGUCUCAGGAGAUCGUACAGAGGAGCCGCAGCUUAAUACAAAAGAUCCUGCUCUCCAUUCCCGACACGCACAAAUCCUGCAUUCACACAGAGACCCUGCAACUCAAUUCCGCAGAAAAUGCAAAGCUUGUGAUUAUGGCGUCCAACAUUGGUAUCCCCCCUGCUCCUCUACUCAAAGCAGAAAACCUCAAUUUGGAGACCAGUUUGAAACGUAUGGCUGAGGGUCUUCAGCUGCACCGGGCCUUACUGACUUCUGUCUCUCCUCGCCUGGAAAGCAAAGACAAAGUGACUGGGCUACUGGCUGACAUCAAAGACCUUGUCAUUCAGAUCAAUAAGAUGCUGAAAAUUGUCCAAGCAGAGGCUGUGGUGCAGCCCACCCCAACCCCCGUGGCCUUACGUCUACCAGGGGAGUAUGAGGUUCAGGUGGCAGCACACCUGACUCUGGUGCAGCUCCAGUCCUUUGGGCAGGACGUGGUCCGCUGCCUCAGGAGUCUGGACCAGAGCAAUGAGGGGGAGACGGAGAGCUGACAUAGGUGCCAUAUGUAGACUGCUUUUGGCAUUUAUUUAUUUUUCUGUUAUAAGAUUAUUUAUUAUUUGUAUUUUAUUUAUAUUUAUAUAUUUAUUUAUGGAAUUGAAAUAUGGAUUAUUUAUUUAGGAAAUCUAUUUUUGAUAACUAAGCUUUUGUAUCCCUCAGUCAUGAUGGACUGCUUAUAAAUUCUGUCAAAUGUUUAAACGAAACUAAUUAAUUUUGUAUGAAUAUUUUAAAAACCACAGCACAUUUUGUAUUUGCUUAUUUUUCAAUAAAGAAAACACACUUUACUGAA